AGAUUAUUAUUGUUUGCUUGAGUUUAGUCUGGGCCAGACCUCAAAAUUUCUAGUAAAAAGUCGAAUUUCAUUUUAUAGCCCUGGCCAAAGAUGUUUACGCGAACAGUUGUAAGCUGCAAUCCGCAGGCAUUAGCGAGGUCGUGCAACUCUUGCAUGCAGCCCGUGAUCACGUUCAGCAAUUCUUUGUUUUGCAAUGGACUCAUGCAAAGGCUGGACAACUGUCAAAUUACUACGCGUACAGUCGCCACUGACCAAACUGAAGACUCUAUUGGUCGUAAUCAUAGCUCGAAUGUUAAGGCCACAGGUCGAAGGCAUAACGACAGUAAGGCUGCCCCGAAAGGCAAGCUACCGGUUCAAGGCAAACCCGCCACACGCAAAUACAGGGUGUCUUGUCAACGCUUCUAUAACGAUGAUUUUAGGCGGCGGGAUGUUGGAUCAAUUUCACAAAGGCGAAGGGAAUUGGUUGUUCGGCAGAGCAAGGAAAUGCUGAACGAACUGGAAAACCUGAGAGUUCAGUGUGAAAGCUUGGUUCAACAGCACCCGAAUGCCAAUUUGGUCGAGCUGGAAGAUUUGAAUAGUGAGGCAAGAGCCAUUGUCGAGAUAUGCAAAGAGCUGAAUCAGCAACAUGAGAGCAAUAAAAUGCCAGAGCGUAUUAAAAAUUCAUCACAUUCGGGAAAUACAAUUAUCAAGCAAGAUAAGCAGAAAAAGCAACAACACAUUUUGAAAAGGCAAUGCAAAGCUUUGGCCAAAACGAAGUCAUUACAAUGGAAAAACGCAGUUGCUAAUGGAGAGGAGCAGCUUGAACAGAAGGUUAAGGAACUGGCCCAGUAUAAAGAGUCUGGUCAAUCGGCCAAACAGCAAACGCAAUCGAAGAAUAAAAUCGACAGGAAUAUGGAUGACAUAUUUGACCACCUUCAUCAAUUUAGGCUCGAAAAGGAGCAGUUCGUAAAGCAACAUGAAGUUUUGAAAAGGCUUGAAGAGCUGAAGCAUCAGUGUAGAAGUUUGGCAUACAUGGCAAAGGUGAAGCCCAUGGGGGCGAUUGGUACUACAGAUCCAGAUAAUUUCAAACAGCAGUGUAGAGAGAUGUCGCGUAAGGCAAAUAAUGCAAAAGAUGAAACCAAUAAGGAUAAAGGUGGAAAAUCAGAUAAAUCGAAAAAAGAAAAAGGAGACAAAAAGCAAGCCAAAGGUGAAACUCAACAAAAAGAAAAGGGAAAUGCAAAGGAAAAGGGAGAAGGCAAAGAAGGGGAGGGAAAGAAGACCGACGAAAUGGCUGAGUGUGAAAAAAUGGCUAAAGAAGAAGAAGAAAUGAAGUGCAAAGAGCAAGCCAUGAGAGAAGAGUGCGCGAUAUUACUCGAAGAGGAAAAAGCAAGGAAAAUUAAAGAAGCGAAGCAAAAGAAGAGCAGAGCAUUUCAGAAAAAACUAGAGCGCGAAAACAAAAAGAGGCAAGAAAGAGAGAAAAAAAAGAAAGAGAUGGACAAGAAAUGUCAGGAGUUUGCCCAGGAAGAAGAGUGUGAUAAAUUAGCUAAGAAAGAAAAAGAACAGAAAGAAAAUGAAGAGCUGGAAAAUAAAUGCAAAGAACUAUCCGAAAAAGAUCAGUGCAGUAAAUCCGACAAAGGAAAAGAUGAAAAGAAACAAGGCACGAAAGGUGCCAAGGCCGAAAAGGGAAAGAACGAGAAAGGAAAAGGCACAGAUCAGAAAACAAAGACCGAUACCAAAAAGAAACCAAACAAGAUAAUGGCCACCUUUGAAGAACUCAAGGAACAUUGCCGAAAUUUGGCUAAGAUGGCGAAAGCUAAUUGCAAGAAAGACACUCCUUGUAAAGUAGACCAUAUUGAAAAAGAAUGCAUGGAAAAGGGCCAAAAAGAACUGUGUGAUAACGCAAAUAAAAAGGAGAAGGGCCAGGAAAAGAAGGGCAAAGGUAAGGGAGAAGAAAAGAAAGGGAAAGAAGAACAGAAAGGCAAAGCUAAGACAGAAGAAAAGCAAGGUAAAGCUAAGGGAGAAGAAAAGAAAGACGCGGCCACGGCGAAAAAAGAUAAGGGUCAGGAAAAGAAAGAUUCGGGAAAUAAAUCAGCCCAACAAAAAGCUGAUGCAGAGAGAAAGGCGAAACUAAAAAAAUGCAAAGAGUUGGCUGAAAAAGAUAAAUGCGCCGCGUUAGCUAAACAGAAAAAUAAAGGGAAAAAUCUAAAGCAGAAAUGCAAAGAGUUAGCACAAAAAGAACAGUGCGCUAAAUUAGCUAAGAAAGAAAAGAAAAAUAAAGGCGAAGACGAAUGCGAAACAGAAAAUAAGGACAAAGGCGCGGAUCAAAAACUAGACAAAAAGGCGCGAUGUGCCCAACUGGCAAAGAAACAAAGAGCCAAGAAAAAAGCAUUGGCCGAAGAGAAACAAUGUGCUGAAUUGGCGAAAAAAGAAGAAGAGCAGAAAAAGGCGUUGGCCCAAAAGGAAGCAUGGGCUAAAUUGGCAAAGAAAGCAAAGGAGAAAUGUAAAAAGUUGGCCGAAAAAGAACUAUGCGCUAAAUUGGCUGAAGAGGAGCAAUGCGCUAGAUUGGCAGAAGAAGAGAAAUGCGCUAAACUGGCUGAAGAAGCAAAAUGUGCUGAAUUGGCAGAAGCAGAGAAAUGCGCUAAGUUGGCAGAAGAAGCAAAAUGCGCAAAAUUGGCAGAACAAGAGAAAUGCGCUAAAUCGGAAGAGAAAGAAGAGGGAGAGGACAAGUCCAAAGAUGGAAAAGGUGAUAAAGAUCUAGAUGAAAGCUGUAAAAAAUUGGCGGAGGAAGAACAAUGUGCUAAAUUAGCAGAGAAAGAAAAGAAGAAUAAGAGCAAAGAUGGAAAGGGUGAUAAAGACCUAGAUAAAAAGUGUAAGAAAUUGGCAGAAGAAGAAUGCGCUAAAUUGGCAGAGAAAGAAAAGGGGAAGGACAAAUCCAAAGAAGGAAACGGUGAUAAAGGCCUAGAUAAAAAGUGUAAAAAAUUGGCAGAAGAGGCACAAUGCGCUAAGUUGUCAAAAAAACAAAAAGAACAGGAAGGCAAGAGUGAAAAAGGAAAAGGUGAUAAGGAUAUAGAUAAACAGUGUAAAGAAUUGGCGGAAAAAGAACAAUGCGCUAAAUCAGCAGAGAAAGAAAAGAAGAAUAAGAGCAAGGAUGGAAAGGGUGAUAAAGACCUAGAUAAACAGUGUAAAAAAUUGGCGGAAAAAGAACAAUGCGCUAAAUUAGCAGAGAAAGAAAAGAAGAAUAAGAGCAAGGAUGGAAAGGGUGAUAAAGACCUAGAUAAACAGUGUAAAAAAUUGGCGGAAAAAGAACAGUGCGCUAAAUUGGCAGAAAAAGAGAAAUGCGCUAAAUUGGCAAAGAAAGAAAAGGAGGGCGAGAGUAAAAAAGGAAAAGGUGACAAAGAUCUAGAUAAAAAGUGUAAAGAAUUGGCGUUAGAAGAACAAUGCGCUAAAUUGGCAAAGAAUGCAAGGAAGGAAAAGAGUAAAAAGGGAAAUGGUGACAAAAAUCUAGAUAAAAAAUGUAAAAAAUUGGCUGAAAAGGAACUAUGCGCCAAACUAGCUAAAAAAGAAAAGGAUGGCAAGGGCAAAAAAGGAAAGGGUGUCAAAAACCUUGAGAAAAAGUGUAAAGAAUUAGCUAAGAAAGAAAAGAAAGCCUUCGAAAAGAAAUGCAAAGAAUUGGCAGAAAGAGAACAAUGCGGUAAGCUCGCCAAAAAGGAAAAAGAACGAAAGCUAAAGGCACAAUGCAAAGCAAUGGCUGAAAAAGAAAUGUCCGCCAAAUUAGCUAAGAAAGGGAAAUCUAGCAAUAAUAAACAAGCUAACAAAGACGAAGAAUUUAAAGAAAAGUGCAAGGAACUGGCCGAGAAAGAAAAAUGCAAAAAAAUGGAACAGCAGUCAAAUUUUGAAAAACUUAAGGAGCUUUGUAAGAAGUUGUCUGAACAGAAGAAAUGUAGUGAAAUUAAGAAAAAACAGGAGAAAAAGAGCCGAGACGAUCGUAAAGCAGCUGGUAUGAAAUUACGAAAAGAGUGUCAAAGAAUUGCCGCCCAAGAAAAGCCUGAAGAUUCCUGAAAACAAGUGUCAGCCUGAAAACUUGUGUUAGCAGAAAUCGUGUCGUAUGCAGAGUAUAGCAAACUUUUCAAUAGCAAUGAAUACUAUUGUUCAAGCCGCAAAAAUUUCACUUUAACAUGGAAAUGUGUUUAUAGAGAUAAAGGAAAUUUUUAGUGGUAAAAUGUAUAAGCAAUAAUAUUUAUCAAAUAAUUUGAAAUUUAAAAUUUAUUCAAACUGCUCCCCUCUGUUCCACGCAUUAAAAUCAGAUUCAUGUAUUUAACCCAUUGGAACCAAAGUUAUCAAAUACAUGAGCUGUAGUUUCUAUAUCAA